GCCUCAGCUAUGUCCCUCUCUCUCGCUGCUCGCAAGUGCUGACAGAUCCAGGCAACAAAAUUCAAUUACCAGCCCUAAUUGCGCUCAGAAAGAGAGGGAGAGAGAGGGAGGGAGUCCACCCGCGGCGCCUCCACUCCAUGUCACUCCAACUGGAUGAGACGGAGCGCCCUUGUGCUUUUUUCCUCCCUCUGUAACUCUCCCUCCCUAACUCUCUCAACCCCAUCAGUAUUUUCACCCAGCGGUAAGGCAUUGGAUUGGGAUUGGGAGUUUGUGUUUGUGUGUGUGUGGGGAGGGAGGGAGGGAGGUGAGGGAAAGAAAACAACUUCUUGAAGACAAAAAUCUGUGUGUGUGUGUGCUGUCUCACUCGCACUCACACGCACAGCCCAGCGUGGGAUGGCUGAGAAAAGGAGAUCUCCGUCCGCAAUGAGUCUAAAAGCUCAUGCCUUUUCGGUGGAAGCGCUGAUCGGGGCGGAAAAGAAGAGGAAAGUGGAGGGGCGCGCCGACAUCGGGGUCGAGCUGAAAGAGCGAAGGGCGAGCCCGAGCGUGAACGGGCCGAGUAAGGACAGGGGCUCCGAGGGCCAGAAUCACUGCGAAACUGAGCACAGCGAGAGAGCCGUUGUGAAUGGGGACGAUGCCUUGUCGUGUCCGUCCCCUCCGGUCGUCAGUAAGGCCUACAUUGCGCCCAAGUGUGGCACCUCCCGGGAGGACAUCCACGUCGAGCUUCAGGGAGCGGACCUGUGGAAGAGAUUUCACGAGAUCGGCACCGAGAUGAUCAUCACCAAAGCAGGCAGGAGAAUGUUUCCGGCUAUGCGGGUGAAGAUGACGGGACUGGAUCCCCACCAGCAGUAUUACAUCGCCAUGGACAUUAUACCUGUGGACAAUAAGCGGUACAGGUAUGUGUAUCACAGCUCCAAAUGGAUGGUAGCUGGCAAUGCGGAUUCUCCGGUACCGCCUCGGGUUUACAUCCACCCGGACUCCCCGGCCUCGGGGGACACCUGGAUGCGGCAGGUCAUCAGCUUUGACAAGCUCAAACUCACCAACAACGAACUGGACGACCAAGGACAUAUUAUACUGCAUUCGAUGCACAAAUACCAGCCUCGGGUCCAUGUCAUCCGCAAGGAAUGUGCAGAGGAGCUGUCGCCGGUCAAGCCCAUCCCGGGAGGGGACGGCGUCCAACACUUCUGCUUCCCCGAGACCGUCUUCACGACCGUAACCGCUUACCAGAACCAACAGAUCACUCGGCUGAAGAUCGACAGGAACCCAUUUGCUAAAGGCUUCCGAGAUUCCGGGCGGAACAGAAUGGGUCUAGAGGCGAUUGUGGAAUCCUAUGCAUUCUGGAGACCCUCUUUGCGGACCCUCAGCUUUGAAGAUAUCCCUGGGAUUCACAAACAAGGUGGCACAGUAUCUUCAAGUGCCCACCAAAGCCCAGGAAAUGGUGCGCCUACACAUCUUCUGCCUGGCUCUUCCUGUUCCUCCCCAGCUUUCCACCUGGCACCAAACAGCAGCCAACUGUGCAACCUGAGCCCUGCUGACUUCACCACCUGCAACCGCACAGGCCUGACCUUUAACAGAUACAGCAGUAGUCUCGCUGAAACCUAUAACCGCCUGACCAACCCGAGCAGUGAAACCUUUGCCUCCCAGAGGAGCCCUUCUUACAUUGGAGUAACGAACUCAGCAAGUGGGAACAUGUCCAUAUCCAACAACGAGAGUGAGGCUUUCAGCUGCCAUCAGGCUGGCUUACCUGUGCCAAUCUCUGGGAUAUCAUCUCCUCAGCUCCAGUACAUCAUGCCUUCACCGUCAAAUAAUGCCUUCAGUGCCAGUCAGACACACCAGAGCUCCUACAGUACUUUUAGAUUACACAGCCCGUACGGCUUAUAUGGAUAUAACUUCUCCACCUCUCCUAGACUGGCAGCCAGCCCUGAGAAAAUAAUUUCCUCUCAAGGAGGUUUUCUGGGCUCAUCUCCGAGUGGUACCAUGACUGAUCGCCAGAUUUUGCCCACCAUGGAGGGGGUACCUCUGCUUAAUGGCAGCCAGCAGAGCAUGUUCGACACACGGCCAUUAGGGAGCCUGACAGUCUCACCGUCCCAGAUACCAGCGCAUUUAGUUUGACAAAAUAGCUGGACUUGAGUGAAGAUGUGUGCCUUUAUGUUACAACAUAUUGGUGGAGAUCCUCCUUUUUAUUAACCUGGUCACUGCUAUCAAAUAUGCUCCUUGGUUGUGGCACUGGUAGGGAUUGGACUGAAUAUGCCGGAGACUGGAACACGUUUGGACGUUCCAUUGGGCGGCAGCGUAGGAAGGUUCUUCCGGCCGCAGUAUUUGUUCUUUCAGCAGUUAGGGCACGUCAGAGGAUGCGAAGCUCCAGCUGUCGUCUCACAAGAACUUCAAAGCAAUUCCUGCAAGAAGUGGAGAAGAAGGUCAACUGUUUAAAAAAAAACAUUGGUCAUUGAUAACGUCUCAUUUAUAAUGGUGCUCGCUUUCAUAAUCUUAGCAGAUAGUCAGUGGACUUGAUUGCAAUGUGAAUUUAAUCAAGACUUUUGGAUUCAAAGACUUGCUUUAGAGGAAUGACUGUUUCAAUAAGUAACCUCACAUGAACCCCUUAAACACGAUCCUUUGGAAUUAUUCAUCCUGCCUUUAGCUUUCUCUUUCACUGUCCUAAGAUUUUGGACACAUAAUGAUUAUAUUCCUUUUUUGGUCCUGGUCAAACUUUAAAUAUGAGUCUAAGUACUGGGUGUUAAUUGAUUGUCAAUGACCAGGGUACCACCACAGGUAAGGCUGCUCCUGUCUGUACCUGAUGGCUGCACAACUGCACUUUCCACACUAAAGGAUCACUUGUCUAGAGAUUAAGUGUAUUAGCCAAACAUAUAUAACCCAGUUUUUUUUUUCACUUUUCACGAACUGGUUAUCGCAUCCCCACUUGCACCCUGCUUAAGCUGCAAACACAGCAUAACCGUUGAAUGCCCAAGAUUCUUAUUCUAAUCUUUGCAGUUCAAUGCACUUCUGUCAACCCAGUUAAAAUAAUAUUGUGGAUUAACCUUCCUCCUCUUCAUAAUUUCAGCAUAACAUUUUGUUUUUAAAAGAUGCCACAUUCUAAAACAAUAGAAAAGGUGAUCACAUCAGGAUGAACGUGUACAAAACCAUUGCUCUUUUCUCCAGUACGCUGUGCUUUGAUGUUGGCUUUGGGGUUAAUCACAGAAUCAAGCUAUAAUUUACGAGACAAUAUUUCCUAUGGUUUCUAUAGUAAAACACUCACACAAAUUGUGGAGUGGAUCUAUAGUCCACAUGCAUAAGUAUACAAAGAGGUAUCAUUCUCCAAUUAGUCUUACUGGAUAUGCACAACAUCGCUAUGUAAUUCCAAAAAUGAGUGCAUCUCACGAAACACUGAUGAUUGGGAGUCAUCAGUCACAGAUAAACAAACAAUAUUGUAUUGAUAUUGACACAAAAUGCUCUCUCUUAUCGAAUGGAAUAACAGAAACCACUAUGGAUUCAAAGAAAAAAUAAUGCCUCACCUAGAGACCCUCUUCAAAUAUAUUAUAAGUAAAAAGUAUUAUCUGUAAUUAAGUAUUGAUAUAUUUUGUUCAGGCUGUUCCAGACCAAAACACUGACUGCUCUAUAUAAAGUGAUCGUGUCUCUGCAAGAUGUUGUUAAAGUAAAAAUAGAUUCUGAGCAAAACACCGAUGUCUUAGUAAGUACUGCCUAAGUGCCUGGAAAAGGAAUGCCUUUCAGAAAUAGAAGCACUUGAAUUGAAUAUAACAAAUGAUAAAUCACAAAGUGUUUAUCUGCAACAUGUUUCCCGAUUGGGGAGUUUUUUUAAAAUUCCCAAGUAUCUUGGGGUUAUACAAACAAUAUCAUUGAGGUACCUUUCUAGCUGGUUUUACCUGCUAUGUUUGCUUUGGGCAAUAUAUAAGUUCUGAUCACUGAAGCAAAUCUGCCAGCUGAAAUGUUGCAUAAUAAGAUAACUAGAACCCAACCGUGAAAGCAGUGUGGUUUUGACUUUGCAACCUGGGUAAGAUUAUGUUCUUAUCCAUAGGGAACAUUACCACAAGGACUACAGCUUUCUCAGUCCCUCUUUGAACUGCACCACACCGUAAGUGCCAAAGAUUAUUCUCGUCACCUUUUGUUACUUAAUUGUGAGGAAGUGUACCUAAAUUAUCAAGCCUUAUGUACAUGAGUAGCUCUGAUAAAAAUAUUUUGAAACC